GGCAGAACUGAAAUCAUGGCUCGCCUCAAAGAAGCCGCCGUAUUGGCCGCUAACGAUGCCUCACACAGAAAGAUGAUGCUCCUUUAACUCGAGGGUUUUAAUGGGAAGUUUCUAAGCCUGAAACAACAGCUUUAGAUCUGGGGUGAGCUGCUUGCAGCUACCACUGCCUACUGCUUUAACACAGCUUGGUCGGGAAGAAUGGAAACUAAAGAGGCUUGUAACUACCUGUAACUGUUCCACCAGGAAAUGGACCAAGUGUUUAUUCAGCCAGAUCCAGGUUUCCUUGGCCUAGUAUUAAAAUUAGACUUUAUUUCCUGAGCACACACAAAUGGACCUGGCAAAGCGAAGAGGCAGAUGUGCUGUGUGAUGGGGGAAGCCAGGCAGGACUAAAAUACUGCUAUAUCUCAGCCUUUGCAAAGUGCAGCCACCAUGAUCUCAGCAGACUGAUGAUGGAAGAAAAGGAAACUGGGAGAUCCUGUGCUCUGGCUUCCCUGGACGAUGGACGGAGGACAGCCCAUCCCUUCGCCCUUAGUGCCCCUUGGGAAUGCGUCGUCAGAUUCUAGCAUGUCUCUGGAGCAGAAAACCACGUUUGUUUUUGUGAUUUUGUUAUUUAUUUUCUUGGGCAUCCUCAUUGUCAGAUGCUUCCGUAUUCUUCUGGACCCAUAUCGAAGCAUGCCAACCUCGACCUGGGCUGAUGGACUUGAAGGCCUGGAGAAGGGGCAGUUUGACCAUGCUCUUGCUUAGCAGGGAGGGAGCAGGAUCCCCUCCCGAGGAGGUGAAGUGCUUCAUGUCUUGGAGAGGAAUUCUCGUUAGUCAAUGUUCUCAACAAAUCAAGUUUUAACAAUAUCUGGCUCUAGGACCAUAAUCUGUUAUUAUGUAGUAAACAUGCAGUUGGGUUAAAGACAUUUGAAGAUAUUGGAAAUGGAGGACUAUAUUAGUAAGUAAAAAUAGGAAGGUUUAAAUUUCUGUUUGCUCUGUGAAUGAACAUUGUUGAAUGUGUGUGCUGGUGAAACCAAGAGCAUCAAUUCUGACAUAAACUUUGCCAUAAAACGAAGCACUAUCUGACCUGCAGAGAAAAAGAGACUAGAAAGGAUCUGAUCUGAAUCUAGUGACAGGGCCAAGAAGAGACUUCCUUGCUCUAAUCGUGUCUCUCAGUUUGCUUUAUGUUCUUGGGAAUCUGGAUCCUGGGCAGAGAGUGAAAAAGACUGUGCUGAGUGGACCCAAAGUGGGUACCAGUUUUCUGCAAAAGCAGGGAGCAAC